AUGCCGAUUUUAACCCGAACCAAAACACAACAGGAUCGUUUCGUUACGUUAUCAAAGUUCGAUUUGGAUCGUUGUUACAAAUUAGCCUGCGCAAAAUUAUCCGAAGAAGUACCCUUUAAACUCACCAAAACCUACGCACAAGCGUUAUAUUCACCUUCAUUUGAAGACAUCGUUUCCAUUAAUAAUCUACAAGCGGUACAGGAUAUUUUCUAUACAAAGUUAAAAAAUAACUAUAAAGCACUCAACAUGAAACCUCAACCACAACGUCUUUUAGUACCAUUGACACAUUUCCCACCCAUGAUAUUGAUUGGAUUAGAAGUUCCGUGGAGGAUGAAGAAAAUGGGGCAUCCAUUUAUAAGUCAGUAUUUCCUAAUAUGA